CUGGACAAUACAAGUUAGAAAUAAAAGACGCUGGCACAAUGCUAAGCACAGCAUUACCUGGAUUACGUUACCGAGAGUCAAACAAGAAUAUUUGGAUUAUGAGAGAAGAAACUGAUGAGGCUGCAAAUCAGCAGGUGAUCAGUGUCUGGGUGCGGGACCCGCGGAUACAAAAGAACGACUUUUGGCAUGCCUACAUAGACUAUGAAAUUUGCUUACAUACCAACAGUGUGAGCUUCACCAAGAAGAUCUCAAUUGUGAGACGGAGGUACAGUGAGUUUGUAUGGCUCAGGCAGAAGCUACAAGCAAAUUCACAACUAAUGCUACAGCUACCAGAGCUGCCCCCAAAGAACCUCUUCUUCAGCAUGAACAACGCCCAACAGAUCACUGAGCGAAUGAAGGGGCUCCAGACGUUUUUGGAACAGACAAUCCAGAGCCCUCCGCUGCUGUCCGACAGUUGCCUGCAUCUUUUCCUACAGUCACAGCUCAGCACUUCCAAGAUGGAGGCCUGUGCUGUAGGAAGGACCCACUACUCUGUGGCCCAGGCAGUCCAGCGCUGUGGCCUGAGGCGUUUCCACUCUGAAGAGGAUCUAAAGAAGGACCUCAGCAUGUCCUGUGACUCUGACUCAGAUAGCUCAGAGUGCCCAAAGCUUCGGGUUAAAGAUUUGGCAAUGAAAAAAGCAGCGAGCACAGCUUUACUUGGUCUUAUGGGAACCAGCCAGGAGGGAACUCUCAGCUGCUCAUGUGAUUCUACAUGACAACAUCAUCAUCAUAUCAUCUCUGGCACAAAUGUCUCGACCUGUGAAUACGAAAUGUGCCUGUUACCCCGUCAUAAUGCACUUUUGGCUAUGUGGUUGCUCCUAAUUAUUUCACUUGUAAAAAAAUAAAAUGCAAAAAUGAAUAUCAUCUUAUCAUGUUCUCAUUGGGGCAUUUCAGUUUGAAACAUGUACAGCAAAUAGUAAUACAAAUAUAACUAUUUUCCACAAA